GGGCAGGCGGUGGUGUGGAAAGCCAAGCUUGGCCUGUGCACAGACGGUGCCUCCGGAGCCCAGCGGAGACCCGUGGCAGCUCAGGCGGACCGGGCCGGGCCGAAGGGCUUUUCUAGCCCAUACUGGCCUCCAAGGAUGUAGCUGAGGAUGACCUUGAGUUUCUGAUCAGUCAGCUUCCAGUCUGCUGAGAUGGUAGGAGUUGACCUACCAAAGAGAUUUCUAGACAAAAUAAAAGAGGGGGAAAUUGAUAGAUUCAAGGACAAUGGAUCCGUGUUCAGUUGGAGUCCAGCUUCGUACCACACACGACUGCCAUAAAACCUUCUAUACUCGGCACACAGGUUUCAAGACAUUGAAAGAAUUGUCAUCAAAUGACAUGCUUUUACUUCAGCUUAGAACUGGAAUGACACUUUCUGGGAAUAAUACAAUUUGUCUCCAUCACGUAAAAAUUUAUAUUGACAGAUUUGAAGAGUUGCAGAAGUCAUGUUGUGACCCGUUUAACAUACACAAGAAGCUAGCCAAAAAGAACCUGCAUGUAAUUGACUUAGAUGACGCCACUUUUCUGAGCGCCAAGUUUGGAAGACAGCUCGUACCUGGUUGGAAGCUUUGCCCAAAAUGUACCCAGAUCAUCAAUGGAAGUGUGGAUGUUGAUUCAGAUGACCGCCAGAGACGGAAACCCGAGUCAGAUGGAAGGACUGCUAAAGCUCUGAGGUCACUACAGUUUACAAACCCGGGAAAGCAAACUGAAUUUGCUCCAGAAGGAGGUAAAAGGGAGAAAAGAAAGCUCACCAAAACUGCAAGCGCUGCUUCGGACAGACAAAUUAUUCCAGCAAAGAGUAAGGUGUAUGACAGCCAGGGCCUGCUGAUUUUCAGUGGCAUGGACCUCUGCGACUGUCUGGACGAGGACUGCUUGGGAUGCUUCUACGCCUGCCCCACUUGUGGCUCUACCAAAUGUGGGGCCGAGUGCCGCUGCGACCGAAAGUGGCUGUAUGAGCAGAUAGAGAUUGAAGGAGGAGAGAUAAUCCAUAAUAAACAUGCUGGAAAAGCAUAUGGUCUGUUAUCUCCCUGUCACCCAUACGAUAUUUUACAAAAAUGAUCACCCAAAUAUUGACCAGCAAAGACGAAAACGAAGAAAAGAAAUGAACAGUGAUAUUUCUGGAAGUGAAAUUUGGAUCAGUCGUAAAUGGAAUUGUAGACGUCGCCGCUGGUCAUGGGAGUGUUGGUUACCAUUGCUGCUCUGGAGACAGAUGUGCAUCAGAGGAACCUGAUGAUGGAAACUUACCCACAUUGCCGAGAGAAGUGGCUGGGAUGAGCAAGAAGACGGUCCUAGACAAGGUUAUGGUAAAAACUUAACAUUAAAGACUGUUUAUUGUAAAUAGAUAACUUCACAACAUUGGAGUGGUCAGGAAGGCGCCUGUUAAACGUUACUAACAAAACAAAUGCCUGUCAGAAUACUUUCAGGCAGGACAAUAAAACUCCAGUUCUCAAUACGUAAACUUUAAUUUUCUUGUCUAUUUGUAGGUACAAGAUUUAAUGUUUUGAUAGGUAUCUAAGGGUCAUACAACAAUUCCCUUUCCCCUUGAUUAUUAACAGUGUUGUGCAAAUAGGCCCAGCCCUUAGCUGGAAGCAGGGCCUGUGCCACAGAAAAUUGAUCUCCAGGCAACACAGUAGGUGAACAUUUUGAAAUUAAAUUAGAUACCUAAGUGCUAAAAUACAGUUCUUCCGACUAGAGAUGAACACAAAUGUUCAUUACACCACGAGCUUUUCAGUUCUUAAUCUAUGCAUUCUUGGUGAAAAUUUGUUCCUAAAGAAAAAUUCAUUCCUUUUUUUUUUUUUUUACAUUUAAAACGUGAGUGUAUAGUUCAUAAGUGGCUGCACACUUGUCUCGGUCACUGUUCUAUUGCUGUGAAGAGAUACCAUGACCAAGGCAAUGCUUAGAAAAGCAAGCAUUGAGGGCUUGCUUACACUUUCAAAGGCUUAGCCCAUUGCCAUCAUGGCAGGGAGCAUGGUGGCCUGCAGAAAGAUGUAUCAGUAUCUGAGAUCUUUAUCUCCUUACCCACAGGCAAGAGAGCCUGGCGUGACUUUUGAAACCUCAGUGCUCACCACCGAUGACAUACUUUUCCAACAAAGCCACCCCUCCUACCUCUUAUCAGAUAGUACCACCCUCUAGUAAAUAAGCAUUUGAGUGUAUGAUGAGCCUAUGGGGGACCCUUAUUCGAACCUUCACAGAGGUAUUUCUAGCUGUUAAAAUUGGAUAGAUGCUGGGUGUGGUGGCACAUGCCUUUAAUCCCAGCACCCAGGAGGCAGAGGCAGGCAGAUUUCUGAGUUCA